CCUCUCUAAAGCUUUUGAGAUAACUACCAGCAUUUGUUUGCCCUUUCAGCAAGUCUCCGUAGCAGAUUGCUUGCGGGCAACACCUGUCUCACCCUUCUGAAAAAGCUGUAGAGCACUCCUCACCUACUCUUCUAGAAGUUGUCUGUAUUUCUUAGGUGUAACUGAGUAAACAUGACUGUAGUUAUGUUUUAUUAUAUUACUACAAGUGAGCCAGCAGAAUCGCUCGUCUGAACACAUAAAAAGUGUCCUAAAAUAAAAGCAGGGUUGUGUUGUGCUGCAUUUGCAAAAUAAUAUUUAUGUUUUUACUAAAUCCAUGUCCAAGCUAAAAACAAAAGCUAGACACAGUAUUACAUUUUUCAGGUACAGAAGAAUUUUAAAAGGGAACUGAAAGGAAAAUGCAGAAUGAACUUCUCUGAGCUUUGGGUCCUGUGAUUAUGUAAUCAAAUUAGACCUAAGUGCAGGCAAAGGAGGAACAGGAGGAAAUGUUGCUGAUAGGAGAGCAUGACUCAACUAGUGGCAGUAAAGAAGGAAAAUUUACUGAGCAGCUACCAUGACAGAUUCUGAGAAAGCAAAGAAAAAUGGGUGGAAAUUCCUGUAGAGAAAACUGCAAGGAGGGGCAGAAAACCAGAAGUUAGGCUCAUUCAUACAACAGAAGGAGCUUGGCUGUUCCCAGAGACGUGUUGCACUUCACUCCUGCUUAGAAGUGAAUUUUCAGUCAAGCUAUCUAAAGAGAUAACUGAAGCUACAUAAAGAUUAGAAAGGAAUGGUUUCCAUCACAACUGAAAAUGUUACACAACUCUACAACGUCAUGGCCACCCAGGAGUUCACAGUCAGCCCAGGAAAUGUUCAUAAUCAUUCAGAAGUGCAUCAGCCAAAUAAAUAUGAAUGUAUUAAUUCAGAUCUGUGGCAAUGGCUGCAUAAUUUUCAGCCUGGAUUCCUCUGGUUUAUAUUUAUUCUGGGGGCAAUAGAAAAUUGCUUUGUCCUCAUUGUCCUGUGUUUCCACAAAAGUCGUUGCACAGUGGCUGAAAUUUACCUAGCAAACAUGGCAGUUGCUGACCUGAUGUUAGUCUGUGCCUUGCCUUUCUGGGCCAUUAAUAUUUCUAAUAUGUUCCACUGGCCUUUUGGCCUAUUCCUUUGUAAAGCUGUCAAUGUAAUGAGCCAUAUGAAUUUAUAUGCUAGCAUUUAUUUCCUGACACUAGUGAGCAUCGAUCGCUAUCUGGCCUUGGUGAAAACCAUGUCUCUUGGACGGAUGCGACGAACUGUCUGUGCUAAAUGGAACAGCUUUGUGGUGUGGACUUGUGCACUGCUCAUAUGUUCACCUAGUAUUGUGUUUCGAAAUCUACAAUAUUUUGCAGAAUACAAUAUCACAGCCUGCUCUCUUCUUUACCCAGCCCCCUACUGGCAUCCUGCAAACAAUGGCUUGCUGAAUAUUGUGGGCUUUGUGAUCCCACUCUGUGUCAUUACCUAUUGCACUACCCAAAUCAUCAAAACCUUACGCAGCAAUGAGCUACAAAAACUGAAGUUUGUCCAGACAGAGAGGAAAGCCACUAUGCUGGUCCUUGCUGUGCUCUUGCUGUUCAUUGUUUGUUGGCUUCCAUUCCAGAUCAGCACACUCAUUGACACAAUCUGUUACUUUUUACCUACUUUAAAAUGCUUGGAAGAAAUCAAUGACAUAGCGACACAGAUAGCUGUAUACUGUGCCUGUAGCAACAGCUGCCUGAACCCAGUCCUGUAUGUAAUUGUUGGAAAGCACUUCCAGAAGAAGGCUGUGGAAUUCUGCAAGGGCUUGUUCCCAAAGAGGUACAGAAGAUCACAGUCUGUGCAGAUGGAAAACUCCCUGGACACUUUAAAAACUUCCAUUUCAAGUGACUACGCAAGGAAAAAGUCUAUGUCUAUUUUCCAGUUACCACGAUAGCACAAUACAUUCAUUGCAGGGAAAAAAAGCCUUCUAACAUAUCAGUCUCCACUAAUAUCCAUGUGCUACUGGUUCACAGAAUAAACACCAUUCUGGGGAAACCAACAAUUUGAUCUUGAAGGCAGCUCCAUACAAAGACCUGAUUUUUGGAUACAGUUUUUGGACUCUUCCCAUGAUUGAAUCCUACUUUGUAGCAUAUUUCCAUGACUGAAUAAUAUUUAAUGCAAUUGCACUUCUAAGGUGUACAUAGAUGUACAUACAGUUCUCUGAUUAGAGCCCCAGUAGAGAAGCUAUUGUGAAGAUUGUGCAACUAUUAUGGUACCCAUACAGUCUGUUUAACUAGAGUUUUGAUAGGAGGUGCUUGUUUUUGAGUAAGCUCUGGUAAAUGCUUUGUUUUUCAUGGAUUCAUAGAAUACCAAGGUGGAAAGGAGCAACCUUUCAGGGCAAGAAUAUUGUUUAAAUCAGAUGGCCCAACAGUCUGUUGAGCUGUUUAAUGUAGGGGAAUCCACCACCUUCCUGUGGGACUAUUAUUCAACUGGAUUUUAAGGUGUGGCCAUUUUCUGUACUUUUACUUUUUGUGUUAAGUCAUCCAAAACUAUUUUGACUGCUUGAUGGACAAGGUGGCUGAAGCACCUCUCCUAUAAGGACAGGCUGAGACAGUUGGGAUUGUUCAGUUUGGAGACAAGAAGGUUCCAAGGAGACCUUAUUGUGGCCUUUCAAUAUCUGAAGGGGGCCUACAAAAAAGCUGGUAAGGGACUUUUUAGGACUAGAGGGAAUGGAUCCAAGCUAGAGGAGGGUAGAAUUAGAUUAGACAUUAGGAAGAAGUUUUUCACCGUAAGGGUGGUGAGACACUGGAAGAGGUUGUCCAGGAAGGUGGUGGAAGUCUCAUCCCUGGAAGUUUUUAAAACCAAGCUGGAUGUUGCCCUGGGCAACCUGAUCUAGUGGAAGAUAUCCCUGCCCAUGGCAGGCGGGCUGGAACUGGAUGAUCCCUGAGGUCCUUUCCAACCCUGACAAUUCUAUGAUUUUAUGAUUCCACUUGCCUUUUUGCAGCUGUUCUGUCCCUGCUAGCUACAGGUUUACAUCAGCUUGUAUAUAUGGAAAGUACCUCAAAAAGAGUGAAACACUAGUACAAGGAAAGCUGUAUGAAGUUAGCUAAGUUUUCUUUGUAGCAGGAGAUCCCUUACUGCUUAUGCAACAAAGUAAAAGCACUGACUCUUUUUGAAGUAAGUGAAUGCUACUUACAUUUACCUGCAGCUCAGAUCAGAGACUUAGUUUUUAAUAUUUAAAAAGCAUAAUUAAUAUUUUUAACAUUAUUUAAUGGAAAUGGAAGAGUGCAGGACAGCUGGUAUAAUCUCACAAGUUUAAAAAACUAAGAAUGUGAAGGAGAGCAUCAACUAACUGUCUUAAAAAUCUAACUGAAGCUAAUACAAGUCUUGAAAUCUCUGAGUAUUAAAGAAUGUUCUUUUCAGACAACCUACAUUUCAUUUGUCAUCUGAGUGAUUUUAAGAGAAGCUUACUUUUCCCCCAGUUGAAAUGGAUUUACGAUCUAAAUUGAGUUUACAUAGAAGAUUAGCUCAUAGUGUACUGAACUGUCAGUAUUCCCUUUUUUUCUCUAGGAACCUUGAUCAGAAAGAGAGAUGAUGAUCUAAAAUCUUCCAAAACUAGUAGAGCCUUUGUUCUUUUCAAUGUGCUUGAGGUUACAUACUUAACACCACUAAGGGAAAUGGAAUUUGGUGAUAAAAAUAGGCUACAAGUGUGUGGUCUUUACUCAUCAGAGCUUGAAUGGAGCAAAAAAGUUCCACUUAAGAUGGAAAAUUUAUGUGAAAUCUUCAACUAAUUAAACCCAAACGUGCUCUAGGAGUGUGUGCAUGUGCUAUAAAACCUAUGGGAUUUAGAUCACUAUGGAUGAUUUAUAGGGAUUUUCCAUAGGUUUUCUUUAAUAAUGCAGUAUAAUCCUAUGCCAUAAAUGCUUCUGUUGUUCAUUGGCAAUAGAAGACAUAUUUGAGUAUUUGGUACCAAGAAGCAAAAUAGAAAAUUGUUAUUGUAUUAAUGUGACAUUAAUUUAAUUAACGUAAAUAUGUAGACACGAUAUUUUGCUGUGCAAUGAGCAUGUACAACAGAAAAUAAACUACUUUAAGAAAUGAGA